AUGGACUACGUAUCAGCUGUGCAUUGGGAUGAGAACUAUUACAAGAAUGCGACAGCGAUUUGGCAACAACCCCGACAAGCGCUUAUGAAUGCGCCGAGUGGUUUCCGAUCGGAACUCGUCGCAACAUCAUUUGGAUUGAAGAUGGCGAUGUUUAUGGAGAUUUUCAUGACGCUUUGUUUCUGGAGGGUUUUCAUAAAAAUUUGGCAUGAUCAGAUCGCUGGUUUCCUUCGUUCUGUGGCAAUUCCGCUUACAUGUGCCACAAUUAAUCGUUUCUUUGAUCUAUUCAUUUACGUAGUCACUUCAAAUCCCUGUGAAUUCCUUUCUGGAAUCGAUCAAUGCCUCGUGUUAACAGCAAUGCUUUCAUUUUGUACGGGUGCGCUCACGUAUUCCUCGUUUAUCUAUCGCUCGGUUGAAAGUAAUUCGCAUGAGAGUGGAGGUCCAACAUUUAUCGCAAUCCUCGUUCUAUGCUCGCUCAUUUCUGUGACAAUUGUCGCCUCAUGGGCUUCAUCAAUUGUAAUGUUCUCGUCAAUUGUCGCCAAUACAAUCAUCUCAUACAGUAUCCUUGUUGUGCCUGUUUUUAUUUAUACAUUGAUCAUCUCUGUGUUCCCGAAAAAUCGAUCGGAUACGAGUGCUGAUGGGCUGGCGAGAGGAGCGGCAAUCAAUCGAUCUCGCUUUCAAAUUGCUUUCAUUUGUUUAGCCGCUGUGCUUCUCUAUCAAUCAUGGAUUGAAUCGACGAGUCGUCUCCUCUAUUUCUUUUCGCAAUCUCUAAAACCGUGGAUGAUGUCAACAGCUUAUAAUACAAUGCCCUGGGUGAUCAAUCAAGCUGCACAUUAUAGUGUCGGAUAUUUUGAGAUGUCGAUCAUUAAUCAACUGUGUUUCCCUAUCGUUUUCUACAUGAGCAUCUUCAUCUUCAUGAAGCCGUGGAGAGACGCGUUGAAUGGGAACACCAUGAAUGAGACGACACUCGAUGUAUUCAAAUUUGAGCCAAAUGUACUGACAGCACGACGAGGAUUUCCGGAUGCAGCACUGGGAAAUGGAGGCAGAUUGGAUGGGAAUGAGAUGCGGGGAAUCGAUCCACCGCCCACAUAUCAAGAAGCACUGCAAAUGAGUCCACAGGACGGCAAUGCAUCGACGGUUCCCCCCUCGUCCCCCCGUCUCGCCAAUCCAUCGAAUCCACCAAUCGCCGCUCCUCCAUACACAGAAACCCCUCGUCCACCGAUCGUCUAUCCAACAUAUCCCAUUCAAAAUAUUGAUCCACAAUGGCUACAUUAUAAUGGAGCACAGAAUCAUCAUCUUCGACCAAAUUAUCCCUUUCAUCCCACACAAAUGCAGCGAUCCGGCAUCUUCGGUCAAAUGUUCUCUCAAUAUCCGGAGAUAAUCGAUGAGAGUUGUUUGGACGGCCUACCCGGUGGUGCAUCUCCAGUGCCAGUUUUCGUCUCCUCCCCUCCACCUCCCACUUCACAAUCACCCGGCCCAUCAACAAGUCAACCAACAGAUUUCACUGAGGAUCGUUUGCAAAAGAACAAUUUCCCUAAUAAAGCAUCGAUUAGUGUCCGAGUGAUGAGUGCUCCGGUGAGGAGAAGUCCCCAUACUGAGCACACUUUUAAACCAUUACCGUCAUUGAAAGAA